UCUUGUUCUAAAUCGAUCAGGACAGAGAUAGAGAGAGAGAGAGAGAGAGAUUUUCGCGUUUUUGUUCUUGGAUUGUCUGAACUCUACAGUUGAAGAAGAAGAAGAUCGAAGACUCUGAAAUGGCUUCAAGACAAAUCGUUCAACAGCAAAACAGAGGCGUUGCUGCUCCGGCGGCCGCCGAUGGAAAGAACCGCCGUGCUUUGGGUGACAUUGGGAAUGUUGUCACCUAUUACGGCGUUGAUCCAAAGAAAAUCUCUCGCCCUAUUACAAGAAGUUUCUGCGCGCAACUGCUUGCCAAUGCUCAAGCACAGGCUGCCGCCGUCGCAACAGACAACAAGAAAGUAGCAGCAGUCGGUGCCGUCAAACCAGCAGCAGCGCCGCAUGCCCAGAAAAAAGCAGCCGUUCCAAAGCCCAAACGUCCAACAGAAACUGAGAUCAUCAUCAUCCCUGACACUGACAAGAAGGCCAUGAAAGAAGCAUCAUCAACGAAAGUGGCCAAAGCAUUCACCUCCAUUCUGAGUGCAAGAAGCAAGGCGGCUUGUGGCCUGAACAACAAUAACGAGAAGAAGAACAACAUCAUUAACGUUGACGCAGGAGAUGAAGAAAACGAGUUGGCUGUUGUUGAAUACAUCGAAGACAUAUACAAAUUCUACAAAAUCGUUGAAAAGGAAAACAGAGUGCAGGAUUACAUAGAUUUGCAGCCAGAAAUCAAUGAAAAAAUGAGGGCAGUCCUUGUGGAUUGGCUAGUUGAAGUCCACCAAAAGUUCGAACUGACAAUGGAAACACUUUAUCUGACCAUUAACAUCAUCGAUCGUUACCUAUCUUCAAAGGUAACACAGAGGAAGGAAUUACAGCUUGUGGGUAUUGGAGCCAUGCUAAUGGCAUCAAAGUAUGAAGAAAUCUGGGCACCUGAAGUGAAUGAUUUCGUAUGCAUAGCAGAUAAUGCAUAUACACACAAACAAGUAUUGGUAACUGAGAAAAGGAUUUUGGAACGUCUGGAAUGGAAUCUAACUGUUGCAACUCCUUACGUCUUCCUGGUGAGGUUCAUCAAAGCUUCUGGUUCUGAUCAAGAUGUGGAGAACAUGGCUUAUUUUCUAGCGGAGAUGGGUAUUGUGAAUUAUUCAACUGUGAUGUUUAAUCCGUCAUUGAUGGCUGCUGCUGCGGUUUAUGUGGCUCAAUGCACUGUUGUGAAGAAGAAGAAGAAUGGUGGUGCAAUUUGGGAUGAGACACUUAAGGUUCAUACAGGGUUUAUGGAAUGUGAUUUGAUGGAAUGUGCUAAGCUUUUGGUUGGUUUUCAUUCAAAUGCUGGUCAACAUAAGCUUAAGGCUGUUUAUAGAAAGUAUUCUAGUUUGGAGAAAGGUGCGGUGGCUCUUCUUCCGCCGGCGGUGCUUGGAACCUCGUAUAUCUCUUUCUAAAGAAGAAGAAGAAGAACCAAUCUUUUGUUGGAAAAUAAUCUUUCUCUCUGUCUCUAGUUGUGUGUGUGUGUUUGGUUGGUUGGUUGGUUUUGAUUGGUUGUUUGUUGUUGGGGACGAUCAUUUUACUUGUGAUGAUCAUUUUACUAAACUUGGGGAGAGAAAUAUCGGAUUCAUUUUUUUAUUGCUUUUUAUUAAUAUAACAAAUAUGGGGUUAUAAUAUCA